AUGUGGGCAGUUCAGCUCCGAGCGGGCGCGGGGAUUUUGGUGUUCCCGGUGAUGAUCGCUGUGGUCUCCUGUGCGAAGAGCGUGAACGAGCCCAGCAACAUAUCCUACGUGAAGGAUACGGUGGACCGCUUGCUCAAAGGAUACGACAUUCGCUUAAGGCCGGAUUUUGGAGGUUCUCCUGUUGAUGUUGGGAUGAGAAUAGAGGUUGCCAGUAUAGACAUGGUCUCUGAAGUCAACAUGGACUAUACACUAACUAUGUAUCUCCAGCAAUCCUGGAGGGAUAAAAGAUUAUCCUACUCUGGCAUACCUUUGAAUCUAACUUUAGAUAACAGAGUGGCUGAUUAUCUCUGGGUUCCAGACACAUACUUCCCGAAUGACAAGAAAUCCUUUGUUCAUGGAGUUACUGUGAAAAAUCGAAUGAUUAGGCUGCAUCCAGAUGGAACUGUUCUUUAUGGUUUGCGGAUUACUACCACAGCUGCCUGUAUGAUGGAUUUACGCAGAUAUCCUUUGGAUGAACAAAACUGCACACUGGAAAUUGAAAGCUAUGGAUACACAACUGAUGAUAUUGGUUUCUACUGGAUUGGAGGGGAAUCAGCUGUUAGCGGAGUUAAUAAAAUUGAGCUCCCUCAGUUCUCGAUUAUUGAUUACAAAAUGAUCACAAAAAAAGCAAAGUUUGCAACAGGGGCUUAUCCCCGCCUGUCCCUGAGUUUCCGACUGAAAAGAAAUAUCGGGUAUUUCAUUCUGCAAACCUACAUGCCUUCCACUCUAAUUACAAUUCUGUCUUGGGUAUCCUUCUGGAUCAACUAUGAUGCAUCUGCUGCAAGAGUUGCACUAGGAAUCACCACUGUGCUGACAAUGACGACUAUUAGCACUCACCUCAGGGAAACCCUUCCCAAAAUCCCAUACGUGAAGGCAAUUGACAUCUACCUUAUGGGCUGCUUCGUGUUUGUGUUCCUUGCCUUAUUGGAAUAUGCAUUUGUCAACUACACAUUCUUUGGUAAAGGCCCUCAACACCAGAAGAAAGCAGCAGAAAAAGCCACCACUGAGAGGAAGAAAGUGGAGAUGAAUAAAGUUCAGAUUGACACCUGUGGGAAUAUCCUUCUUACUACCUUGGAAAUGAGAAAUGAAGUCAGCCGCUCCGAUGUGCUUGCAAGUUUGAAUGAUCCGAGAGCCACCAUGUACUCUUAUGGUAGUGCCAGCAUCCAUUACCGGAGACCACCUACUAUGAAAGACCCCAACAGCAGAAGCACCCUGGACAGACAUACUGCCCACCAAAAGGGACGACUACGGAGAAGAGCAUCACAGCUCAGAGUCAAAAUCCCAGAUUUGACUGAUGUUAAUUCCAUAGACAAGUGGUCCAGAAUGGUCUUUCCUAUCACUUUUAUCCUUUUUAAUGUUGUCUAUUGGCUUUAUUACGUGCGCUGAGUUAUGCUGUGAUCCCUCCAUCAAGUCAUCCUAGAUACCAUUUCUUCUUCUCUUCACUUUCUGUCAAUCUUAAGGAAAAUUCACAGUACGGAGUCCACCUAUUCAGUGGGCUUUUACUCAUAUUCCCCAGUUUAAACCCUGUAUAUUCCAAAAAAACCAAAAGUAUCUCUUUGAAUAUCAUCAUUCUUUUAAAUCUGCUUUCAAAGAGCAAAGAUGUUGAAGACACGUGUUUUUCUCCUGUUUUGUUUUACCCUAUUUCUGGUAAUCUUCCCCCUUUUUUUUCCUUAACAUUUAAAAUGUGAAAUGAAAUUCUGUCUAAUUCCACCCACUCCAAAACUGAUGUCUAAUGGCAUCAUAACAGUGUUUUCCAAAUAAAGUUAAAACAUCUGUCUGCAAACAAGACAGAUGAUAGCUUCAAUCAUAUGCACAUUUACUUAGAAGGAGACCCAACUACACAACUCCUGACAAAUCACACAUUGGUUUUCAGUGCAGGUCUUUUAUUAUGAAUAAGCUACCAGAACAAUAUAUAAUUUUACAGUGUGAAAAAAUAUACAUGGGUACACAGAGGUCUACCAAUAUUGAUGGGAAAAAGAACAGCAUUGUUAAAUAAUUUAUUAAUUUGUAAAUGUCAAAACAUUUUUGUAAAUUAAAAUGUGCUCCUGCUGAAACAGGCAGCAUAUAUUUUUCAAAUGAUUAAUGCUUUUAAUACACAUCUUUAAAUAUUGGAGAUGGUAAGAAAUAGCUUAGAAAGAACAUGGUUUUUCUCUCAGAUAAUAAAAGUUCAUCUCUUGAAAAGUGGUACUGCUGUGAUGAAUUAAUGGAUUUCCUUUAA